CCACUAGAUCCACUCGCAUCUUCAUCCUCGUACAUCUACUCUUCGCUCCUCUCCACGCCUCACGCAAUGGAAGAUAACACGCCUGACCGGGAGGACGCGGGCCGCGCAAACUCUGGCUCAGCGGAUGUUGGCCCAGUUCAGGUUCCACCACUUUGGCGCAUCUUCACCGUGGACGAUGCGGUCUGGCUAAUGUGGAUUGUACUCCUGGGCAUACCAGCCGUCAGCUUUGGCAUGCUCUCUCUUGGCUACUACCAUCCUUUGUUCUUCAAGCUCAUCGGGCCAUGUCUGACGCUGGCCGCUGCCCUCGGUUGGGCGGUGUACCUCUCUCCCGCAUCGAAAGUGGAUCUCAGCGAGGAGAUCGUGCUUGUCACGGGCGGCGCAACAGGCCUUGGGCUUGAGCUUGCAAGGAAGGUGUUCAAGCGAGGUGCGACCGUUGUCGUGCUCUGUCACCACGAGCCAGCGGAGAAAGAGCUCGGCGUCAAGUACUACGUGUGCGACGUUUCGGACCGCGCGACUGUUGCCCGUGUGGCGAAGGUGGUGCGCGAAGAGGUUGGACACCCCUCUAUCGUCGUGAACAAUGCUGGCGUUGUAAACGGCAAGUUGCUUCUCGACCUGUCCGAACAGGAGAUAAAGAACUCCUUCGGCGUCAAUACCAUGGCCGCGUUCUGGAUCACCCAGGAGUUCCUUCCUCCCAUGCUACGUGCACGACGCGGCCACAUUGUCAACAUUUCUAGCGUUCUAGGCCUCAUUGGUGUGGCGCAAUGCGCCGACUACUGCGCGUCAAAGGCCGCCACAGUCGCGUUCCACCAGUGCCUUCGCAAUGAGAUUGACUAUCGCUACGAUGCGUCUGAGGUCCGGACAACACUCGUUCUCCCCGGCCAUAUCUUGACUGGCAUGUUCACCAAGACCAUUCUUCCUAAGUCCUUCUUCCUCCGAUUGCUUGUGCCAUCCUUGACGCCACCAGAGGUGGCGGACGCGAUCGUUGGCGCUCUGGGCGGGGGACGAGCCAACACGGUCCUUCGUCUGCCCUUCUUUACUCAAUCCGCACGGUUGCUCAAUCCCGCAUCGGCCCUGCUGCCUGACAUUGUGCUGAGACUGAGUCAUUGGGUCUCUGGAGCGGACUGGGCUAUGACCCACUAUGGUCCUCGGCCGGACGCAGGUCAGCGCCUAGACGCUGAGCGUCAGGCUAAGAGGCAAGCAGAUCUCCAGAGGAAAGCGGCGUCCGACGCCGAGUUGGAAGCGGAAGAGAACCUGUAAAGAAUAUUCUAGACGUCAGCCACUAUGUAAAACAGGAGCGGCCUUGCACAGGCUGCUCUUCACGCAUACAGUUUCCCCCGGGCAUGCAAUACUGCACAUGUUUAUC